AUGGAUGAUUAUUCUCAGCACAAGUCUUCAGAGGAAGUAUCCUUCACUAACCUAACCGAUUGCUUGCAAAGUUCAUUAGUGAUGGAUUAUAACUCAUUAGAGAAGGUCUUCAAAUUCUCUCCUAAUAGUUCCCCUCUCCAACCGAUUUCACCAUCCAAAAUGGGCCAAAUAGUUAAUUACCCUUACUUAAAUCUCAAUCCGAAUUCUCCACUAGUCUCUUCUUCAUCCAAUGAAGCUGACCCUAAAGAAAACUUCGACGAUAAGAGUGGCCAAAUGGAGGAUAAAGAAGGAGACCAACAUGGUGUUGGUGAAAGCGCCAAGCAAUUGAAAAAACAAGGUAAAGGGAAAGGAGAGAAGAAAGAAAGAGAAGCUAGGGUUGCCUUUAUGACCAAAAGUGAGGUUGAUCAUCUUGAAGAUGGUUAUAGAUGGAGAAAAUAUGGACAAAAGGCCGUCAAGAACAGCCCUUAUCCAAGGUUCACUUCCUGA